CGUCGUGAGCGCGGCUGGACUUUCCCUUCCUCCGCCGCUCGGGACUACUUGGGAUUUGUACCGGGUGUUGUUGGAUGCGUCGGAGACACCCGCCGGCUUCGCUCUGCGCCUCUCUCCCGCCGCCGCCGCUGCGCCCCUCUCGGAUUGCGAGGACAUGUCGGUGACCGAGCUGUACAGCAAGUAUACGAGAGUUUGGAUUCCUGACCUGGAGGAAGUCUGGAAAUCAGCAGAAAUCAUCAAAGAUUACAAAGAAGGGGAUAAAACUCUACACCUGAAACUUGAAGAUGAAACGAUUCAGGAAUAUCCUAUUGAUCCUAAAGCCAACAAACUUCCCUUCUUGCGUAAUCCAGAUAUUUUGGUUGGAGAAAAUGACCUGACAGCUUUAAGUUACCUCCAUGAACCUGCAGUCUUACACAACUUAAAAGUCCGAUUCUUGGAAUCAAACAACAUCUAUACCUACUGUGGUAUUGUGCUCGUUGCCAUUAAUCCCUAUGAACAGUUGCCAAUCUACGGACAAGAUGUCAUCUAUGCAUACAGCGGCCAAAACAUGGGGGAUAUGGAUCCUCAUAUCUUUGCAGUUGCAGAAGAAGCAUACAAGCAAAUGGCCAGGGAUGAGAAGAAUCAGUCCAUUAUUGUUAGUGGGGAGUCUGGUGCUGGCAAAACCGUCUCUGCCAAAUACGCCAUGCGCUUCUUUGCAUCCGUUGGGGGCUCCUCCAGUGAAGCCAAUAUUGAAGAGAAGGUCUUGGCUUCCAGUCCUAUCAUGGAGGCAAUCGGCAAUGCGAAAACAACCCGAAAUGACAACAGCAGUCGCUUUGGGAAAUACAUCCAGAUUGGUUUUGAUAAAAGAUAUCGUAUCAUUGGUGCCAACAUGAGGACAUAUCUGCUCGAGAAAUCAAGAGUUGUCUUCCAGGCAGGAGAUGAGCGGAAUUAUCACAUAUUCUAUCAGCUCUGUGCCUCUGCCCACCUUCCGGAAUUGAAAGAACUCUCACUAGUAUGUGCCAAAGACUUCUUCUACACAACUCUGGGAGGUGAGCCAUCCAUUGAAGGAGUGGAUGACACAGAUGAUUUUGAGAAAACCAGACGUGCUUUCACCCUGCUUGGAGUAAAGGAGUCCCAUCAGAUGAUGAUUUUUAAGAUACUUGCCGCCAUCCUACACCUUGGAAACAUGGACCUUGAAUCAGAACGUGAUGGAGAGACCUGCAAUAUAUCAAAAGAGGAUGAACACCUGCAUAAUUUUUGCAGAUUGCUGGGAGUGGAGCACAGCCAGAUGGAGCACUGGCUUUCCCACCGGAAACUGGUCACCACUUCGGAGACCUUCAUCAAGACCAUGUCCCGCUCGCAGGUCGUGAACGGCAGGAAUGCUUUGGCCAAGCACAUUUACGCCCAGCUGUUCAACUGGAUUGUGCAACAUAUCAACAAGGCCCUGCACACAACGGUCAAGCAGCAUUCCUUCAUUGGGGUGCUGGACAUUUAUGGGUUUGAAACCUUUGAAAUGAAUAGUUUUGAACAAUUCUGCAUCAACUAUGCCAAUGAAAAGCUACAGCAGCAGUUCAACUCGCAUGUAUUUAAAUUGGAGCAAGAGGAAUACAUGAAGGAGCAAAUCCCUUGGACGCUCAUAGAUUUUUAUGACAACCAGCCAUGCAUAGACCUUAUAGAAGCUAAGCUCGGUAUUUUCGACUUGCUGGAUGAAGAAUGUAAGGUCCCAAAGGGAACAGACGAGAACUGGGCUCAGAAAUUGUACGAUCGCCACGGCAGCAGCCAACACUUCCAAAAGCCUCGCAUGUCAAACACCUCCUUCAUUGUUGUGCAUUUUGCAGAUAAGGUGGAGUACGAGUGUUACGGAUUUCUGGAGAAAAACCAAGAUACUGUACAUGAAGAACAGAUCAAUGUACUGAAGGCCAGCAAGUACCCGAUGGUAGCUGACUUGUUUCGUGAUGAAAAAGAUGCUGCGCCGGCUGCACCUGCCAGAAAGGGAGCUUCCUCGAAAGUCAAUGUCCGCUCUGCCCGUCCAGUUGUGAAAGCAGCCAAUAAGGAGCAUAAGAAAACAGUGGGGCAUCAGUUCCGCAACUCCUUGCAUUUGCUUAUGGAGACGUUGAAUGCCACCACACCUCAUUACGUACGCUGCAUCAAGCCAAACGAUGAGAAACUUCCUUUCAGCUUUGAUCCAAAGAGAGCAGUGCAGCAGCUGAGAGCCUGUGGUGUGUUGGAGACCAUCCGUAUCAGUGCAGCUGGCUACCCGUCCAGGUGGACCUACCAUGACUUCUUGAAUAGGUAUCGAAUUCUUAUGAAGAAAAGGGAUGUCUCCAAAAAGGAAGACAAGAAAUUGAUUUGUAAAACACUGCUAGAAAGCCUCAUUAAGGAUCCCGACAAGUUCCAGUUUGGACGUACAAAGAUCUUUUUCCGUGCUGGCCAGGUUGCAUACUUGGAGAAACUGCGGGCAGAUAAGUUCCGCGCCGCCACCAUCAUGAUACAGAAGACGAUGCGCGGCUGGUUUCAGAGAGUGAAAUACAGGAAGAUGAGAGAGGCAGCCUUAAGAAUCCAGAGGCACACCCGAGGGCACCUGGCACGCAGACUGGCUGAUCGUCUGAGGAAAACGAGAGCAGCCGUUAUUUUCCAGAAACAAUAUCGAAUGUUGCGGGUCCGCCGUGCGUACCAAACAAUCCGUGGAGCCGCCAUCACGAUCCAAGCCUUCACCCGAGGAAUGUUCGUCAGAAGGAACUAUCGAAAGGUGCUUAUGGAGCACAAAGCCACAGUUAUCCAGAAGCAUGCCCGGGCUUGGCUGGCUCGGAAGCAUUUUGCCAAGUUCAGAUCGGCUGCUGUGGUUAUCCAGUGUUACUUCAGGUGCAUGAAGGCCAGGCAGGAGCUGAAGGACCUGAAGAUAGAGGCACGGUCGGCAGAGCACUUGAAGAGGCUCAAUGUUGGCAUGGAGAACAAGGUUGUUCAGCUGCAGAGGAAGAUAGAUGAACAGAACAAAGAGUACAAGCAGUUGAAUGAACAGCUGUCCACAGCCGCCACUUCUCAUUCCGCAGAGAUGCAGAAAUUGAAGAAGGAAUUGGAGCGAUAUCAGAAGAAGAAGGGCGACGUCAACCAGCUUGCCAGCUUGCAAGAAGAGAUGGAUUCCCUCCGGUUGGCGCUGGAGAAAGCUCAUGGGGAAAGAAAGAUAGUAGAAGAUACGUACACGAAGGAGAAAGAUGUGCUCCGAAAGCGGAUAUCGGACUUGGAAGAAGAGAAUGUGCUUCUGAAGAAGGAAAAAGAGGAGCUUAACAGCAAAAUUUUGCAUCAGUCUGAAGAUGAAUUCGCACGAAAUGCUGUUGAGGAAAACCUCCUGAUGAAAAAGGAGCUAGAUGAGGAAAGAGCUCGUUAUCAGAACCUUGUGAAGGAGUAUUCAAGGCUAGAGCAGAGUUACGACAAUGUGAGGGACGAGAUGACCAUCAUAAAGCAAACCCCAGGACACAGAAGAAAUCCAUCUAACCAAAGCAGUUUGGAAUCGGACUCCAAUUACCCGUCAAUUUCUACAUCAGAAGUUGGAGAUACAGAGGAUGCAAUACAGCAAGUGGAGGAGGUGGGUUUGGAGAAGGCAGCCAUGGACAUGACCCUCUUCCUAAAGCUUCAGAAGAGAGUCCGGGAACUCGAACAAGAGAGAAAGAGACUGCAAAACCAACUGGAGAAGAAAGAGAACGAAAGCAAAAAAGCCCAGGUAAUUGAAAUGAAGAACGAAAUGGAUUUGGAUCGUGAUAUGGAUCUAGCAUACAACAGUCUGAAGAGGCAAGAGUUAGAAUCAGAGAACAAGAAACUGAAGAAUGACCUAAAUGAGCUGAGGAAGGCUAUAGUGGAUCGAGUGGCCCAGAACAACUGCUCCAAUGACGUCCACGACAGUUACAGCCUCCUCUUGAAUCAGCUCAAGUCAGCUAACGAAGAGCUGGAAGUGCGGAAGGAAGAGGUGCUUAUUCUAAGGACGCAGAUUAUAAAGGCAGCCCAGCAAAAAGAUACAGGCAGAAAUAUGGAGUCCAGCAUCAGUAGGGAAACCAGCUGGCCAAACAGCGACAAGCAUGUGGAUCCAGAGGACGCAAUAGAGGCAUAUCAUGGAGUGUGUCAGACAAACCGCAAGACUGAGGACUGGGGGUAUCUGAAUGAAGAUGGAGAACUCGGCUUGGCUUAUCAGGGUCUAAAGCAAGUUGCCAGGCUUCUUGAGGCCCAGCUCCAGGAUCAGAGGAAAGAGCAUGAAGAGGAAGUGGAAACACUAAAGGACCAGAUGGAGGCUUUGAGAGGAGAGAUGGAGAAACAGCAGGACAUCUACUUCCAGACCCUCCAGUUGUCACCGGAAGCCCAAGUGGAGUUUGGCAUACAGCAAGAAAUCACACGGUUGACAAAUGAAAACCUGGAUCUCAAAGAGCUGCUAGAAAAACUGGAAAAGAAUGAAAGGAAGCUGAAAAAACAGCUCCGGAUUUACAUGAAAAAAGUGCAAGAUUAUGAAGCUGAUCAAGCUGUUGUACAAACAGAAAAGCCGCGGCCUGAGCUCAACAGGCAGGUGACGGUCCAAAGGAAGGAGAAAGACUUCCAGGGAAUGUUGGAAUAUUGUAAAGAAGAUGAGACGCUACUCGUAAGAAAUCUCAUUACAGAACUGAAGCCCCAAACUGUCUCUGCCACGGUUCCCUGUCUUCCUGCCUACAUCCUCUACAUGUGCAUCAGGCACGCGGAUUACGUUAACGAUGAUCAUAAAGUGCACUCCUUGCUUACCGCUACCAUCAAUGGCAUUAAAAAAGUAUUAAAGAAACACGAAGACUUUGAGAUGACAUCAUUUUGGCUGGCUAACACCUGUCGCCUUCUACACUGUCUAAAGCAAUACAGCGGAGAUACGGGUUUUAUGACCCAAAACACCACGAAGCAGAACGAACAUUGUCUGAAGAACUUCGACCUCACCGAGUAUCGCCAGGUCCUAAGUGAUCUCUCUAUUCAGAUCUACCAGCAGCUCAUUAAAAUUGCAGAAGGCAUCUUGCAGCCCAUGAUAGUGAGUGCGGUGUUGGAAAACGAAAGCAUCCAGGGCCUGUCGGGCGUGAAGCCAAUGGGUUACCGGAAGCGAAGCUCCAGCAUGGGGGACAGUGACAACUGCUACAGCUUGGAGGCCCUCAUCCGCCAACUCAACACAUUUCACAGCGUCAUGUAUGACCAGGGCCUGGACCCGGAGAUCAUCCAGCAGGCCAUUAAGCAGCUCUUCUACAUGAUGAAUGCUGUGGCCCUGAACAACCUGCUGCUGAGGAAGGACAUGUGUUCUUGGAGCACGGGCAUGCAACUCAGGUUUAACAUCACCCAGCUGGAGGAAUGGUUGCGAGGAAAGAACCUGAACCAGAGCGGGGCUGCCACCACCAUGGAGCCCCUCAUUCAGGCUGCACAGCUCCUGCAGCUGAAAAAGAAGACCUCUGAAGAUGCCGAGGCCAUAUGCUCCUUAUGCACCUCCCUCACCACGCAGCAGAUUGUAAAAAUACUCAAUCUCUACACUCCCGUGAAUGAAUUUGAAGAGCGAGUGACGGUAGCAUUCAUAAGGAACAUUCAGGCACAUUUGCAAGAGCGGAAUGACCCUCCGCAGCUGCUGUUAGACUUCAAAUUCAUGUUUCCUGUUUUGUUUCCAUUCAACCCUUCUUCUCUAACCAUGGACUCUAUUCACAUCCCUGCUUCUCUUGGCCUGGAAUUCCUUAACAAAGUUUGAAGAUACUAUACUGACUCUCAGCCCAAUUUCCCAAGAGUUCAAGCAAAAAACAAAAAGUGGAAUUAAAGGAUCUCUUCAAAUGUGGACCAAAUGAACGGUUAAAGAACCAAUACACUUUAGUCAGCCAGUGCUAAAUUGUACAGCAUAAGAAACUAAUCUUAUAUUUUGGUUGGAUGCUUCUUGGUUUGUAUGUGGAUUUGUUUUUUGAAAGGGUGGUAGAUCUUGCAGCUAAUACUUGAAACAAGAGGAGGGGGUUGUACUGCUUCAUAUCAGGCUAAAAUCUUGUCCCCCAGCUGCCAUUAGGCACCAGUAUUGGUAAGUGGGACAUGUAUUUUGAUUUUCAUAAAUUAUGGCUAUCAAGAAAUUCUGUGCUGAAAUAACAAAAAGACUAAAUGUCUACACGUCUUCAAAAUGUUCAUGGUUUGCUUGCACAAAUUGGAAGCAGGCUUCAAUUUCUCUGUUGCUGCUGCUAUCCACUAUUUUUAAAAUGAUUGUUUCAGGAAAUAAAAGUUGCUGGCGGCCAAACUAAGAAUCCAUGAUGUAUUUUGAAAGGAAAGUAGUGGGAGGAAAACAAUACUGGCAUCUGGAGCUUGAGAAGGUGGCUGCGGUGGUUCAAAUACCAAUUUGCGUGUACUAUAUAGUAGAUUGGUCACUUGGACUGUGUCCCAGUCCACCUCCAGCAUGUCAAGCAGCCAUAACUCUUUCUUCUGUGUGCAGCAUGGAGAAUGAGGGAAGUUAUGGACCCACAAACCUCUGUACUAGUUUAAUCCCAUAAGUAGGAUUCCACUACGGGCUACUACACAUUAUUCAGACCAAUCCAGAAGGUUGAUGACUUUAGGCCUCUUUAAUCCCAGUGAUGUUUUUGAGACUGCUUUGAUUUACUGAGUGAGAAAAGGCAGUGUGGUGCACAAGGUGCAUCACACCUC